GAUCCUCUCAUAAAUGAACUGUAUAAUCAGAUUAUAGUGGAGAAAGAUAGAGAUGCCCAGUUGAGAUGUACAGUUCAAAAUAAACCAACAGGCAAUGAUGUCCAGUGGCAAGCUGAGUUAACAAAUUCUACAGUUGCUAUUUCUAGUGCUACAGCUGUUAAAACAGAUCCUUUUAAAUACAGUAUAGAUCAGCCAUCACCUACAUCAUGGAGACUGCGUAUUCAAAAUGCUCAAGUAACAGAUGAAGGAAAAUACAUAUGUCGAGUCCAGACGGGAUUUUUAAAUUACGAAAAAGACUUUGAGUACUUAAGAGUUAUUGAGAAACCUCAAAUAGCUGAUUUACAAACCAGCAGUGAUAUAGUAGCAAAACAAGGUGAUGAUAUCAUGCUUCGAUGUAAUGCUACUGGUAGACCCUUUCCUGUAGUAAAAUGGCGUCGUUUGGCAGGAGAGUUAUUACCAACAGGAGGUCAAGAAUUGAGAGAAUUCAAUAUGCCCAUUCUACAAAUUAAACCUGAAAAUGCCGGAGUAUAUAUUUGUCUUGCUGAUAACGAAGCUGGUCAUGAUGAAAGAAGAAUUGUUGUUACUGUCACGCACCAACCUAUUGUCAAAGCUGAGAAUAAAAAUGUACGACAAGCAGUAGGUUUUGUGAAAAGUUUGGUUUGUAAUGUAGAAGCGAAUCCAGAGCCUUAUGUAUCAUGGUCCAGAGAUAAUGUACCUAUAGAAUCCACCAAUUACAUUGAAGUACGGACAAUUGUUGGUGCACUGAAUAAAGUGACCAGUGUUCUGACCAUAUAUGGUGUUGCAACAACAGAUUUUGGAGAAUACACAUGUUUAGCUGUUAACACCCAAGGC